AUGUUCGUGGACAACGCAUCGCGGUGGCAACGGGGGUACGGGAUGCGGACCAAGAGCGACACCCUGAAGUUCGUGCAGCGGUUCCUCGCCGACAUGAACGGCAUGGGCACUCCGGGAUGUUUCCGUAUGGACAACGGCGGCGAGUUCACCGGCACCGCGUUCACCACGUUCCGCGACGCUGCUGGCAUCCGGGGCGAGCGGGCCAUGAAGGGGGGCCACGCCGCGCGACGUCACAUCAUUGCCAUGGGCCACACCGACCUCUCCUCCAUCCCCAACGUCGGCGUCAACGGACAUCGCCUGUGGCUUGCGUCGGCGCUGUGGGCAUCCGCCUGCUUCAACUGCUCCGCGACAAAGGCCAACAAGGGCUGGAUGUCGCCGUUCGAGGCGUUCUUCGGCCGGAAGCCGCCCCUCACCGUCGUCCCUUUGUUCCAGGAGGGGAUGAUGCGCGUGAAGCGGCCCACCAAGGCGGACGUCCAAUCCGCGCGGUGCUUAUACCUGCACGGCGUCAACAAUCACUCGACGUCUACCGCCGUCGUUCUUUGCGCUGACACCGGUCGCCCGGCCCUCACCAACAACGUCGUGUGGGUCAACCGCGGGGCAGGAGCCCCGGCGCCUGUGCCGGGCAUCGGGGGGGGUUCUUCGGUCACCACGGCGGCCUCGCCGGCCGCCGCCGCCCCCGCCAUCGAGGCCGUACACGUGCACCCCGCCUGCACCAGCGACCACCGCACCGCCGCCACCGCUUCCCCGCCGAUCUUCACAGGAUCCUCAGCCCCGUCGCCGAUCUCCUUGGCACCAUCAUCAGCCCCACUGUCGACCGCAGCCACGCCGCCCCGUUCGCCCCUGGGUCUGCCGCCGCCUCCGCCGCAGCCCGCCAGCGCCGCCGCCCCCGCUCCUCUGCACCCGCCGCUUUCGAAACGAGCCGUCAAGGAGUUGGGACGAGAGGAGACGAGGGUUCACGGCCGCAAGCGCGCCGAUGGAGUGCGGUUCAUGGAUGAGCAACAACAACCGCCGUCGCCACCAGGUGACGGCACCGCUCUCCACCACCGCCUUGGGCUGUUGGAUAUGAUGGAAAAGGCCACCCUCAUCUCCUCGCUCGCCACCCGGGAGGCCGUGGGUCAAGGACGUCGCGACCCACCGCCCCCGCCGCCGCUGGAUCCGAGUCUUGGAGGCCGUGGGAGCGGGGGGGCUGUGGGAGCUGGGGGGGGGCGUGGGUUCCGGGGGGGGGCAGGAGACCGCAGAUAUUCGCGACAAUGGCCGCCACCCGUGAGGAUGUGGACGCCGCUCUUCACGCCGAGCGCCCGCCUGACAUGAUGCCGGACCUUCCUCACUGCCUCGCCAGCGACCUCCGCGUGCCGAAAACGUUCAAGGAGGCCAUACGGUCUCAACAAUCCGAGUUAUGGGAUGAUGCAGUCGGUCGAGAGUUUUUCGGUUUGUUGGAUGCAGGAACUUUUAGUUCGGUGUAGCAACCAGCAGAGAACGCCAUCAAUGCGGAGUGGGACUUUGACUGUAAGGCAGACGAUACGGAUGGCCGACGAAACUCAAGGCAAGACUUGUAGCGCGGGGAGACAUGCAGAGGGCUUCGAUUGAUUUUGGAGAAUCGUUUGCACCCACCGUAUCCGUGUCUAGUAUGCGGUUGUUGGCAGCAUUAGCAUAUGAGCAGAAUCUUGACUUGUCCCAUUUCGAUAUUCCGCAGGCUUUUAGAUGCGGUCUGAGCUUGAUGAGGAUGUUUUCAUGCGCUUACCGCAGGGGUGUGGUAGGUUAUCUGGCCUGAUGGUGAAGCUGUGCAGGAGUCUCUAUGGUUUGAAGCAGGUAUCACGACAUUGGCAUGCGCACCUGACGAGGUGUUCGUUACUUUUUACGUUUUUUGGAGGGUCUGGCGGAUGCAUGUGUUGUUCGAUUGAUGGAGGAGGGACGUUCGAUCAUGAUC